CCAAGCCCAUUACCAAGUCCUGUUUUGGGGAGAAAGCCAAAUGCUAGUCAGUCAUUGCUUGCUUGGUGCAAAGAAGUUACAAAAAACUACCGAGGAGUAAAAAUCACCAAUUUCACUACGUCGUGGAGAAAUGGUUUAUCCUUUUGUGCAAUAUUACAUCACUUUAGACCUGACUUAAUUGACUACAAGUCCCUGAAUCCUCAAGACAUUAAGGAGAACAACAAAAAGGCAUAUGAUGGAUUUGCCAGCUUGGGAAUAUCCCGGCUACUUGAACCUUCUGACAUGGUUUUGUUAGCAAUUCCUGACAAGCUGACUGUUAUGACCUAUCUUUACCAAAUACGGGCACAUUUCAGUGGACAGGAGCUAAAUGUAGUUCAGAUUGAGGAGAACAGUAGCAAAAGCACAUACAAAGUCGGCAACUAUGAAACAGACACGAACAGCUCUGUUGACCAGGAAAAGUUCUAUGCGGAACUGAGUGACCUAAAACGAGAGCCAGAAUUGCAACAGUCAGGCUUUGUUUUCCAGGAGGACUCGGUAUUUGUAAACGACAGUGGAGUUACAGAGUCAGAAAGAGCCAGAGAGCAUCAAGACACAGGUGAGCCACGAAAUCUGGCCUCUCCUCCUUCUCACAGGACUACAAGUGAUGCAGAGCAACAGCAGAAACAACAGGGAAGGAUUUCUGGAAUAGUGGAACCUGGAAAAAACAGUACAGCACAAGCACAGCCCCUGUUGGGAAGGAAAAAGCUACUCAAAGCAGAUACUUUAGACCUGAGUGAUCUCAUGCAGGUCAGCGAUCCAAAGAGGGAUCCAUUUCCCACAACUUUAGGUGAGGAUAUUGACAAAAAAGGACAUCAGAAUUCAGACACUGCCAUUUGUUUCUCAGAACCUGAAAAACAGGAGCACCUUGGCCUUAGAGAAAGUAGAAAAUUGGAUUCUGAAUUACAUGUUGAAAAAGCAACUUUAGAAGUGGGAAAUAAAUCUGGAUAUUCCCACAAUAGGGAUGUGGAUAUUAAUAAAAAGUUAGAUAUGCAAGUGGAGGCUAACCUAGAGUUUGAGGCCAAAACAGUGAUACAUCCAACAGAUCUGCCUGCAAAAACUGCCCAGCAACGAAUGUUAUCAAGACAGGAAGAGCUAAAAGAACGUGCAAGAGUCCUGCUUGAACAAGCAAGAAAAGAUGCUGCUUUAAAGGCAGGAAACAGGCAGUUCUCCGGCUCAACCAUCGCAGGCCGCUCUAAGCAACUGACUGAUCAGCAAGAUGAAGAGCGGCGUCGGCAGCUGAGAGAGAGAGCUCGUCAGCUAAUAGCAGAAGCUCGAUCUGGAGUGAAGAUGUCAGAACUUUCUAGUUACAAUGAAAUGGCUGCAGAAAAGUUGAAAGAAAGGUCAAAGGCAUCUGGAGAUGGGGAUCGGAGUGAUAAUAUUGUGAUAGUUUCUAAUGAGGAGAUUCCUGAGCACACUGUUACUAGUGGUGAAGAUCAACAUACUAACCUAGAAAAUGAGCUUGAUUCUGAUGCUGAACAGAACAGCAAGUUGGUGGAUUUGAAGCUGAAGAAACUCCUAGACGCUCAGCCACAGGUGGCAAAUUCACUUUCCAGCACAACUCCAAAACCAGUUACUGAUACCACUGAGCCAAUGUUUACGAAUGAGACAGAGGAACAUGCUGAGCGAUUCCAAAAAGCAGCUGAACGUUUUAGAAAUCCUGUUGUUUUCAGCAAGGAUUCAACAGUCAGAAAAACGCAGCUUCAGUCGUUCAGUCAAUAUGUUGAAAGCAGACCAGAGAUGAAAAGGCAGAGAUCAAUACAGGAAGAUAGAAAGAGAGGCAAUGAGGAGAAGGCAGCGAUAACUGAAACUCAGAGGAAGCCAUCAGAAGAUGAAGUGCUUAAUAAAGGGUUCAAAGACACCAGUCAAUAUGUUGUAGGAGAAUUGGCAGCACUAGAGAAUGAGCAAAAGCAAAUUGACACCCGUGCCGCGCGGGUGGAGAAGCGCCUUCGCUAUCUCAUGGACACAGGAAGAAAUACUGAAGAAGAAGAAGCUAUGAUGCAAGAAUGGUUCAUGUUAGUCAAUAAGAAAAACGCCUUGAUAAGAAGAAUGAAUCAACUUUCUCUUCUGGAAAAGGAACAUGACUUAGAAAGGCGGUACGAACUGCUGAACAGGGAGCUAAGAGCCAUGCUUGCCAUUGAAGACUGGCAAAAGACUGAAGCUCAGAAGAGGCGGGAGCAACUUUUGCUAGAUGAACUUGUUAUUCUCGUUAAUAAACGUGAUGCUCUGGUCAGAGAUUUAGAUGCCCAAGAAAAACAGGCUGAAGAAGAAGAUGAGCAUUUGGAAAGGACACUUGAACAAAACAAAGGAAAAAUGGCCAAGAAAGAAGAGAAAUGUGUCCUUCAGUGACUAGCUUUCAUGGGGCAAGAUGCUGUCACUUUUUAUAAUUUCACCCUUCUUACAUUUUGGAUACAUGCCAACACCAAGACUAGAAAAACUAAAACACAAAUAGACCUCUUAAAACUUCAGAAAUUUCCAUUUGGCCAGACCAGCUUUAUCUUAAAUUGUUUUCUGAUUCUCUUCUCCCCUUUCCAUUCAAGCAAUAGUGUUUCAGAAUUAGCUUUCCCCCAGGAUUUCCUUGUGGGCUUAAUUAUCUUAAAUAAGUUUGUUCCCAAAUGUUUAAGCAGCCACCCAGUUGUGUAAGAAGGGAGAAAACCCUAGCAUUAUGUUUUUAGUUAAAAAUCUUGCAAAUACAUUGUUCUAUGUAGUCACAUAGCAGAGAGAGAGAGAGAGAGAGAGAAACAUAUGCUCAAUUGUUUCAUCUAGUUCUGCCAUAUGUAAUAUUAAAUAUGCUAUCAACCAUUUUAUUGUUAGAUCAUACUCAGACCCAUUUAAUACAAUGUGCUAUAUUUACCAAUGUUUAUUUCAGCUGCAGUUUUACACUUUCAUUGUAAGUACAAUUAUAACAUUUAAGGCUUUCUUACGUGCUCAGAGAGCAGUUCUUUUUAACCAAUACCUUCUAAGAAUCUUGCAACCUAAAGAAGUGAUUGUAAAGAUAAGGCUAACUGAAGUAUGAUCAGUUUACAGAAAAUUCUUCUUUUGAGGCUACCCCGUUUUUAUUAAUUAUUUAUUUACCUGUUAGUUUAGUUCCCUUUUCUUGAUCUUGUGCUGGACCUCUGCACUCUGACUCUACAGUGCUGUUAAUAUUUAUUUUGUAUCCAUCAGGGGUCUUGUCUUGCCAUUGUUUGCAAAAUCUCCUUGCAAGUAAAUAUAUCUUUCUCUAGCAUCAUGCUCAUUUUUGUGGAAAUGGUUAUGUUUAUUUAUUACAAUACCAAGUUAUGUAUAAAUUUUCAAUAAAGCUGGA